GUCCCUGUAUUGGAUAUCUGUCGAAUCCUCGCAUUGUCCUACUAGUGUAUCUUUAUCGGCUAUUCCUUGUGCGGUUACGGUUGUUUGUGUUUGUUGAACUCGGAAGUCUCGUGCUCGGUAAGCCAAACUCUGUCGGCUUCUUGCCACAGUGCGAUUCCGUCAUUCACAUCAACCUGGAGAUACCACAUAGGCUCUAAGUAGCCAAACUACGCGACUGGCAUGAUACUCGACACCCGGAGCUCCCGCGAAAAGCGACGGUCCGCUAUGGACCAAGAGAUAUUUGACCUCACGGAGCGCAUCAAACAACUCAAAACAGAGCGCAAUGCGCUUUGUUCGAUUUCCCUCCUUCCAGACGAGAUCCUAUCCCACAUCUUCUUUGUCUAUGGUGCCAUCGUCGAGGAUCCAUACCGCGGGGCUUGGACGAAACUCAUGGUCGUUUGCCGCAAGUGGCGGCUACUCUGCAUGGCCCAUGCCGCUUUGUGGUCUUUCUUCUCAGCACACCGCAAAUCGACACACGGAGGUCUUGACUUCAUGCAACGCCUUAGGCUUUCGGCGCAGUAUCCAUUGUCCGUGCAGUUCGACUUUCCGGGAGACAGCCUCAUUAUAGCGCACUUUACCGUUCAUGAGCACGUGCAUAGGAUCCGAACAUUGUCGGUGUAUGCGAGCGGCAUCGGCGACUUCGAGCACAUAUUCCAGGACAUCGGCGACUUCCCUGUGCUCACUGAGCUCAAGCUCGAUACCUGGGCGACUGAUCUCUGGGCCAUGGGACGCUCAAUGGAAGAGGCUAUCAGUCCUCGUCUUCAAUCCCUCGUCCUUCGCAACGUCAUAUUUUCCUCGUGCCACCUGCUCGCCAACUUGACCACGCUCUCUCUCGAAGGCUCCAAUGGACAAGCUUCCGACGUCAACCUCCCAAAACUGCGCGAUAUUCUCGGUAUUUUGUCCCGUUCUCCGCGUCUCCACACGCUCAAACUCCAACAGUACUGGGCCGAAAGAGAUCUCUCUCCGGAGGAUUACAAUUUCGGCCCAAUUACCCUGAACCACCUUCACACAGUUGACCUCUUCGCUGCCGUUGGACAUCUAUGCGUAUUGUUCCAGACGCUCCAAAUGCCUCCCAAAGUGUUACUCCGCAUCCUCGUCCGUGGAUCCUGGGGCGGCGACUGGCUCAAACCUCUUCUUGUCCCUCUCCGACGCCAUCUCCACCGCCCAGGCGGCCCCGUCUUUCGCUCGCUGACCAUCGAGAAGACCUCGCCGUCAUACGUCUCAUUCUCCGCAAACACAAACGACAGCUGUCCCCCGCCUCUCGUCUUGCUCCCCCAAAACGACGUUCCAUUCAGCAUCACCACCUACCCCUCCCGACAACACGAACUCCGCUCCAUCCUCUCCAAGCUCAUCCACGCCCUUCCCUUCGACGCAUCGUCCGUGAACCUCGACGCAACGUGGGUAUCGAGCGAAUUUACGCCCGAGACGUGGUGCAUGGUCGGGAGGGCGCUCCCUCAGCUGAAGCGUAUAGAGAUCGGCGUGGGACACCAGAUGGUGGCAAUGUUGAAGGGGUUCAUGUCUGCGCUUGAGCGUGAGCCCACGCAAGGUAUCUCUGGGCGCAGGCGCAGGCGUAUCGCGAAGAAAGUGGCUCUGCGUCCGGACAAACUCUUCUUGCACUUCAAAAUCUGGCGUUCUUUUCGCGAUGGGCAGCCUCCGGCUCUGGACAGUCGUCGCCUCUGGUUCGAUACAAUACUACACACGAUGGAGCGAUAUCGAGACCUCCAAACGGUCAAUAAGCAUGCGGGGGAGUUGUGGGAUACGCUGCAGUUCGAUAGGGGUCAUGGGGGAGAGGAGAAUGAGGAUAUAAAGGCAUAUCGGGAUAGGCUCUUUGGCGUUGUGAAGACCGUGAUAAUUCAUGACGACAUAUACAAUCCGGCUGUGUGGCGGGCGAGACAGGAGAAGUGGAGGAGGCAAGAGCAGAGGGCCCGCUUGGCCUUGGACGCAGGGGAAAUGCCUCGCUUUGACGACAGCGAUGAUGAUUGAUAUGGUGUUCGGCACGUUCUGUGUAUUAUUGACUUCAUGCACAUGAUGGACUUUAGCUUGUAGUUCUUCCCUUAUAUAUAUCUGCAACGCCCUCUGCGUCGUGC